AUGGGACCGGACACGACGGCAAGGAAAGUCUUACUAGCAGGCUUAUGGUGGCUGACAGUGCAUAAUGACACCAGAGAAUGGGUGACAAGUUGUGAUACAUGUCAAUGCGCUGGACGACCAUUAAAGAGGGAUUUUAUGCCACUCAACCCGUCGAAUGCUCAAGAGUUGUUCGAAAGAUGGGGGUUAGACUUCAUUGGUCCGUUGAAACCAAGUCGGGCCCGACGAUGUAGAUACAUUGUCAUGGUGACCGAAUACUUGACCAAAUGGGUUGAAGCGAGGGCCUUGGUAGACAACUCCGCCAUUAGUAUGGUGAGAUUCAUUUAUGAACAGAUUAUCAUCCGGUACGGAAUACCUAUACAGUUGACAAGUGAUAGAGGAGGGCACUUCGUAAACCACAUUAUCUAG